CCCCUGAGCGCGGCGCGCGCCGGGAUAUGUAGUCUCUUCCGCCCUGGCGCUGUUGCCGGGGGCAACGGUCCCAUCUGGCCUGAGUGGCUGGCCGUAUCGCGGUGGCGGCCUCUGCGGAUGGACAUCGUGGGAGGAGGGAAACUUGCAGAAGAACUAGAUGCCCGAAAACCUGGCCUGGUGGUCAGGCUUUCCCUCUGACCCACAGAAUGGCCGGGGCCGAGUCCUCUCCUGAGCUUCAGUUACAAAAAAAUAAAGCUGUCGAUGUGCCAGUGUGCUCCACUUCCUCUUUACCACGUCCUUCCAGCUAAAAGCCAGUUAAAAAAUGGCUUCCAUAAGAAGAACCGGCCAUCCCAUGCGCAACAUUUUUGGUGAUUUUAGUGAUAUUUCCUUAGAAGAUUCAAAAAUAGAAGAAAUCAGAAACUUGAAAAUCAGUAGAAGUCUUACCAAAAUAUCACCUGCUCAUAGCAGAUUUCUAAAAGGAAACCAAACCAUGGGUGUAGAACACUCACUUCUGAAAGAGAAGGCUGUUGUGGAGGGUGGGCACAAGCUCUCCUCAGGGAGACCCCCAACCAUUGCCUCGAAGCUCAGGGCCAGCGCCACGCUCACAAAGCUGGCUCAGAUAGAAACCAAGAUCAUGAAUCGGAAGGCGAAGAUGGAUUUGUCUGACAUGGAAUCUGACCUGAAGACCUCUGAGGACAGUCUUCCAAAGAGCACAGACACAGUCCUCCCCAGGAGUACAGUCAAACUUCCUUCACACAGCCUGGAUAAAACCUCCCAGAAACAAGCCCGUGAAGUCUCCAUGGCCAAGAGCAACACGCGGAAUGGGAAGGUCAGUAGGUUUCUAAAGAGGAGAGAACCACCCGUUGAAAAUACCUUCCCUGAAGCACAUUUUGGAAAAGAGAGGAAUUUUCAAACACCCAAAGAGAAAAAACCUACUAGAAAACUAGAUUCUCCAGACAGCGAUGAGGAGGAAAUGAAAGAGUUGCUGGGAAGCUUGCUAGAAUCGUCUAGAGAAAAAGAAACACACACGAAUCACUGUUUCGGCAGCCCCAAAGUCAGUGAGAAAGAACAGACAAAACUGUUCUCGGAUCAGAUCCCAAUGCAGCCAAGAAUCCUUUCGCUACCCAGUGAGGAACUUUCCAGCCCAAAGUCAUUUCGGACAUCACCUCUGCCAGCCUCACAGUCCGCAGACGGGACCCUUCGCAGCGUGUGCUCGAGAGCUCACUCCUCACAGACUCACACUUCAGGGGACACAGCUGUCCACACGGCAUCGCUUUCCAUCCCUGGCCCCUCUCCAAAGUCAGCCUCAAUGGUGCGGCAUGACAAGUUCUCCUCCCCUGGAAGGAGUGAGGCUGGGCCUCGUGAUGAGUCGCUCUCAGAAGCUGCUGAUGACAGCCUGAACGAUUUUCGAAUCAAUCUUUUGUCCCUUGAUGAUCUGGCUCCAGCUGUCAGCGAGAACUCAGCCUUAGAACAGAAAAAACAAGGCCAGCGGGAAAAGGCAUCCAGCCGAAGCUCCCAGGCUGGAGGUCCCCCCACUGGAAGCGAGGUCUCAGAGUGCCUGAGUGAGCCGUCGGUCUCCUCCGCUGGGCCUGAGGGUGCUUCCAGCCCGAGGCCGAAGUCUCGAGAGCCCACGGCGAGCGCGGUGAGCUCAGCUUACUCGGAAGAUUUUGAAACGGCAUCCGAGUCGAGGGCCCAUUCUGAGGAGUCUCCCGACAGGACGCCGAACACUUUGUCAGAAUUCUCUGCAAGCCUGCAGCCAGACCUUCCCCUGCCAACACUCAAGCCUUGGAAGAAGCGGGCCAGGGACGUUACGAGGGUCCUCAUGAAGGAGACGGCUGUGCAGACCCUCGAGCCCACCUUCACCUACCAGUGGGCAGAGGGUGGACACCCACAGUGUCAGCAGAGCUUGUUCCUGGGCUGUGCAUGGGGCUGUACCUCUCACCUGCGGUGUGCAUUUUGAUUUGGGGGCGCCUAGCCGUAAAUCAGCCUGGGCUGCACACCGGGGCAGGGCAUGGCCAUUCUCUUGCUUCUCGGGGAGGAAAGUCAGGCAGAUGUGCCAAGUGCUAGAAGGCGUUCAAGGCACUGGGAGCCCGGUUCUGUGACUCGGAAACCUCCGCGUUCCUCUCCACAGCCUCGUGCUGCCUGACCACGUAGCCGGUUGUCCCAUGCGGGCAAAUGUGUGCAUUUCUGUAUUUUUUUGAAAUUUCAAGGGAACUUUCAUAAAACAUAGCUGAUGCCAUUUUCCUAGACUAGGCCUGACACUGAAAGGAGAGGAAAACACAGCCUAAAUAAACUGGCUUCUUAGAGUCCAGGGCACAUCCUGAAGCCUGCUCAUGGCCCGUAGAUGGAAGGCCGAGGUGGGGAGGGCCCGAUGCCACCGUGACCAGCCGGUGUGACCACGGCAACCGCUUGGGCCAGCUCAACUGACUUGUACCAGGAGAAGCCAGCAGAAAGAUGGAGGCAGCCUUGGGGAAAUUUUAAAAGGGGAAGAGGUUGACAAAGCCAGAAGGGUGACUGUCCUUCAGAAGAGAAAAGAUGAGAUUCGUGUAGCCUGUUUCAUGUCCCGUCUGCUGAUGAAAGGCGUCCUGCCCACUCAUUCCCUCCCCCUCU